GUCACACUGCCGAGAACGUGGUUUUGUUUUCUAAUCAUUGAACCGUAGAGCCGUAUAGUCCGUUGUGAAAUACGUCAUUCCCAAUUGACAGCGAAUCCAUCAGUCAAUUAGCCAAUAAACAAGUCAGCCAAACAUCCCGGAAUGUCGCACUUCACCUGCCUGAACUGCGAUGCCCGCUUCGCCAGCGCGGACGUGCAGCGGGAGCACUACAAGACCGACUGGCACCGCUACAACCUGAAGCGCAGGGUGGCCCAGCUGCCACCCGUGACCGCCGAGGAGUUCCAGCAGCGCGUGCUGAGCGCCCGCAGUGCCACGGACGCGGCGCUGGAAGAGCAGAACCUGAGUGUCUACUGCCACGCCUGCCGCCGCCAAUUUGGCAGCCAGAAAGCCCACGACAACCACCUGAAUAGCCGCAAGCAUAAGGAGCUGCUCGCGCGAUUCGAGCGGGACCAGAUGACCGCCAGUGGUGGCAGCAACAGCACCGCUGCGUCCGUUUGCACGCGCAGCGUCGUCGAACCACGCCCACAUCCCGCUCUGGCCGCCGCAGCGGCCGGCAAGGGGCGACUGGCAUUCGCGGAACGGUCUGCCAAGACGGACGACGACCAGGAAAUGGAAGGGGACGACGACGAGUUCGAGGACAUUGAGGAAGAGGAGGUCGACUCCGAUGAGUGGGACAAGAUACCCGAGAACCCGCUGACAGAACGCGACUGCCUGUUCUGCACACACACAAGCGAGGAUCUGGUGGAGAACCUGAAGCACAUGUCCGUGGCGCACUCGUUCUUCAUACCGGACACCGAGUACUGCACCGACAUCGAGGGCCUGGUCUACUACCUGGGCGAAAAGGUGGCCAACUACUUCAUCUGCCUGUUCUGCAACGACCGGGGCAAGACCUUCUACUCCUUGGACGCGGUGCGCAAGCACAUGAUCGACAAGGGCCACUGCCAGAUGCUCCACGAGGGCGUCGCCUUGGCCGAGUACGCCGAGUACUACGACUAUAGCACAAGUUAUCCGGACAACAAAGAGGACAUGGACAUUGACGAGGAGGUGGUGCCGGAUCUGCUCGACGGCGACGAGUACCAGCUGGUGCUGCCCUCCGGCGCCGUCAUCGGGCACCGCUCCCUGCUCCGCUACUACCGGCAGCGCCUCCGCCCGGAGCGCGCCGUGGUGCUCCAGAAGUCCGACCGCAAGCUGCACCGCGUGCUGAGCGAGUACCGCGCUCUGGGAUGGACGCACACGCAGCAGGUGGCCGCCGCCCGGAAGGCGCGGGACAUCCACCUGAUGAAGCGCGUCCAGUCCAAGUGGCAGAUGAAGCUGGGCUGCAAGGCCAACAAGCUGCAGAAGCACUACCGCGCCCAGGUUCUGAUAUAAUCGCUGCCAAUCUGAUAUGAUCACCGUGUACAAAAAAUACGAUUUGGGGUUUGCUUAAAUAAAGCAUUUGUUUGCUUUCUAUAUUACUAGCGAUUUCUCGUCAAAUAAAAUUACAUAAUUUAAAUUAACAAUUA